AUGAUGGUCGUGGUGUAUUUUGUGCAUCCAGAACAUGUGGAUGCCGAUGCAACAGAAGUCAGAGUGGUCAAAAUACCGUUCGAAUUGGUGGUGACGUCAACGACACCGGUGAAAGUUCCAAAUCCUCCAGUGGGAUCAGCAGAAGUAAAAGUCGUUGUAUACUUUGCGCAUCCAGAACAUGGGGUACCAGAAGCGGCAAUAACAGAUGUCAGCGUAGUCAAAAUGCCAUUGGAGUUUGUAGUGAUGUCAACGACACCCGUGAAAGUAGCAAGAGAGCUUUCUGAGUUGAGCGAAGUGAACGUUGUAGUGUACUCUGUGCAACCAGAACAUUCGGAUGAUGCUGAUUCAGGAAGAACAGAUGUUCGGGUGGUCAAAAUACCGUUGGAGUUUGUAGUUACAUCAAUGAUACCGGUGAAGGUCACAAGCGAGCUUUGGGCAUCAAGAGAAGUGAAGGUUGAAGUGAAUUCUGUACAACCAGAACAUACAGAAGCUGCAGAUCUAGAGAUAACUGACGUUGUGGUAGUCAAAGCUCCGUUUGAGUUUGUAGUCACGUCGACCACACCAGUAAAAGUAUCAAUUCCACCGGAGGAAUCUGCAGAAGUAAAAGUUGUGGUGUAUUCUGAACAUCCAGAACAUUCCGAAAGGACAGAAGUCAGUGUGACCAAAACGCCAUUUGAGUUCGUAGUAACAUCGAUUUUACCAGUCACAGUCUCAAGUCCACCAGUAGAGUCCGUGGAGAUUAUCUUUGUAGUGUACUCGGUACAUCCAGAACAUCAGAAA